UGGUUUGGCUGAAGGAUUCAUCACUGCACUUCCUCACUUUCUUAGCAAUAUCUGGUGUUAUACAAGGCCAACUGUUUCUCCUCCUGCUAUCCAGCUGUUUAUUAAAUUUGUAUCUUCCAUCACCGACACCGCCUUUACCUCAUCAUAAAUGCAGCAAAUGAGCCCAUUGUUAUUCUUCACAACUCAAGCUUACCACCUGAUCACAUCGAUGGCUUCUUUUUCUUCCACAGUGCUGCUGUUUCUGAUCUCUCUUAUGGCGGCCUCUUUCAUAGCUGUUUCUGCAGGUACCCUUUAUGAAGAUAUUGACAUCAAAUGGGGAGAUGACCGCGCCAAGAUACUCAACAAUGGACAGCUUCUUACUCUUUCCCUUGAUAGAACCUGUGGCGCAGGGUUCCAGUCCAAGAAUGAGUACCUAUUCGGAAAGAUAGAGAUGCAGCUCAAGCUUGUUCCUGGCAAUUCUGCUGGCACGGUCACCGCCUUCUACUUAUCUUCACCAGGGCCAACCCGUGAUGAGAUAGACUUUGAGUUCCUGGGGAACCUCAGCGGGGAUCCUUACACAGUCCACACUAAUGUAUAUACUCAAGGGAAGGGUGAAAGAGAGCAGCAGUUUCACCUCUGGUUCGACCCAACUGCUGAUUUCCACACCUAUUCCUUUACCUGGAAUCCCAAACACAUAAUCUUUUCCGUUGAUGACACCCCUAUCAGAGAGUUCAAGAACCUUGAGUCAAUUGGAGUCCAGUACCCGAAAAACCAGGCGAUGAGCUUAUACUCUAGUCUCUGGGAUGCUGAAGACUGGGCGACUAGAGGCGGGCUUGUCAAGACAGACUGGUCGCAAGCUCCCUUCACUGCUUCCUAUAGGAACUUCAACGCCAAUGGCUGCAUUUGGUCUGCUGGGAAAUCCUCUUGCAGCUCAGUUUCUUCCUCUUUGAUCUUGGCUGAUAACUCAUGGCUGGCCCCAGAGCUUGAUGCCAGGAGCCAAGAAAAGCUCAUGUGGGUGCAGAGGAACUACAUGAUUUACAACUAUUGCACCGACACAAAGCGAUUCCCAGGAGGUUUCCCUGCAGAAUGCCAUGCCACCAGCAAUUCCUAGAGCAAACACUGUGAUCAUAUAUUCAGCUGUUUAAUUAGUAUUAGACUAUCAGUUUUGUUUUCACCAAUAAAAACAAAGUGAACCUUCUCUGGUAUAUAUAUAAA